UCAGCUGUACGAGAGGCCAGAGAGGUCUAUCAAGCUGUCAAAUGGUGAAUAGCAAAGCGGUAGUGAGAAUAUUUUUAACAAAUAUGUGUUUUUAUUUCCAUUUUUACACACAUAGGUAAUCGCUAAACCUAGCUGUAAGCUAUAGUGUAAGUUUGAACAGUGGCGAGUGUCGGCGGCGUCCCAUUAUGAGCUCCAGAGACAGGGACACCAAGUCCUUUCAAGACAAAUUGAAAGUGUUUUUUAAAAAGGGAGGUACGGGGCCGGUAGCAGCGCGGAAUGAGCUCGUAGUGGGGCCCGAACUGGAGAGAGAGCUGUCCCCCGAGACGCCGCUGGGCCGGCGGCUGCGCGCUAUCCGUGAAGUCGGUGAGAAGGCCCUGCAGAUACGGAUACAGGAGGGUGGAGUAGAAAAAAUUUGGUCAUGCACGCGAGACCUGCUGGAGGACAGCAGUGCGGAGAGCCGGCACGCAGCGCUGGGCCUGCUAAGGCGCGUGGCCGAGGGGCAGGAGGAGCAUCUGCUGGUGAUGCGCACCACGCUGUUCCACUUCCUGCGCGCCACGCACGCCACCGCCGCGCCCGAGGACGGCCCUCUGCGCUUCCGCCUGCUGCACACCCUCACCAAUAGUGGCAAAAACAUCAACUGCUUCGAGGAACAGAUUGGGGCAUUCCUGUUGGAGUGGCUGCUGCACACAAACAUCGCCCUCAACACGCUGCCAAUACAUGGUCAUCUUCAUCCACAAACGAUUACUAUACCAAGCUCAUGA